AUGCGUAAAAUGGUAAAACAUAGAAAGCCCAGCUCGCUAAGUAAACAUAGUAGCAACAUCGAAACAAGUGGAUCCAGUACUUCAGAAAGUCAGCCGCGAACCCGAUCAUAUAAAUAUGUAUCCGUAUGGAAAACUACGUUAGGUGUAAUAUGUUUAUCAGUAGCUGUCUACAUUGGUACCCUGGGGUACCUGGAAACCCGGGUGAAUACUCCCUUUGACGGCGAAAAGGCAGUAAAAGAAUCAGGAUUAGAUGUUCCUGAUCGUUUUUGGGGAAGUUAUAGACCGGGAGUGUAUUUUGGUCUGAAGAGCCGUGAACCAAAAUCACCUGUGUUUGGUAUGAUGUGGUAUGAGUUGGGUACUGCUGUACAAAAGGGUAUAAGACACUGGUGUGAACAAAAUGAUAACUUACCAAGUUAUGGCUGGAUAAGACACGACGGCUUCACCUUUGGGGAGCAAAUAAUUUCUGAUCCACCUCAUAAUAUUGUGACUAGCUUUGUAAAAACACCAGGCGGAGAGCAUGGUGGGCAUUGGACUGCCAGAAUUAAUAUAACAUCUGUGAAUAAGUCCAACGAAGCCUUUAUGUUAAUCUGGUAUGGGGCAUUGGAUGAGUCACAAGGAUUCGGUCCACAGUCACGAAUGUGGGGCGAAAAGGGUGCAAUAGUGGGCUACACACCAUCGUUCGGCAAUUUUAGAGUCCACUUAAUACCACAUCAAGGAAAGCUCAUACACACAUCAUUCACUGAUGCCUAUUCACCAGGGCUGCAUCUCUUAAAGGAGAAAUAUUAUUCUCUAUUGAAGGUAGAGAAACAUCCAUUUGGCCGUUUAGCUGUUCUCGGACCUGACAAUGAACUUAAUUCUAAGAAUAAAGAUGUCAACUUCGUGCCAGUACAAAUGCUGGUAGAAACCCCAUUUGUGCUAGACAUUGUGUAUACCACGGAGGACCUAUCAGGACCACCUCUGAAAGGGGAGGAGUAUACCAAGGUGUUGGAACAGAAGAAGACGGCUUUUGAUGCACGAUUCGAAGAGGAGUUUAAAUUGAAAGACAAAGGAUAUUCCGAAGCAGAUAUAGCCAUUGCAAAGGCGGCCAUGUCGAACAUGGUUGGUGGUAUUGGUUAUUUCGACGGUACUAGCAGAGUGCAGUCACAAUACACACGGGAACCAGUGCCUUAUUGGAAGGCGGCCUUGUAUACCGGAGUACCGAGUAGGUCAUUCUUCCCUCGAGGUUUCCUUUGGGAUGAAGGUUUCCACGGUCUACUUGUAGGUCGCUGGUCUCCAGAUAUUCAGAUGGACAUUGCUGCUCAUUGGUUGGAUCUUAUCAAUGUCGAGGGCUGGAUACCUCGGGAGCAGAUAUUGGGACCGGAAUCUUUGGCCCGAGUGCCUAAAGAGUUCGUAGUGCAAAGCAACGCGGCGGCCAACCCACCCAUGUUGCUGAUACAGAUCGCAAAUAUGGUCCAACGUCGGCCAAAUCUCUUCCAACAUGAUUCCAAGCUUCGGCGAAUGUUGGAAAGAAUGUUUCCGAGACUUCAGGCGUGGUACAACUGGUUCCUUAAUAGUCAAAAAGGCAUCGAACCCACGUCCUACAGAUGGAGAGGGAGGGAAGAUGACGGGAUUCAGCUAAACCCUAAAACAUUGACUUCAGGUCUUGAUGACUAUCCAAGAGCCUCCCAUCCCUCGGAAAUCGAGAGGCACGUUGAUCUCCGUUGUUGGAUGUUUGCCGCAGCCGACGCCAUGACAGUAAUCGCCUUUGCACUGCAAAGGGAUACUUCUAAAUUUGAAGCGAUUCGUGAACAACUUGGCGAUGAAAAAUUAUUAAAUAAGCUGCAUUGGGCGUCUCAUUCAAAUUCAUAUGCUGAUUAUGGUUUGCACACAGAUGGUGUGAAGUUAGUUCGCCAAGCGUCUAAAUCUCCUGGAGAAGGGUUGAAGGUAGUCCGUUCCGUCACAAGUCCACCUCAGCCCAGGCUGGUUGCGUCGGCUUUUGGUUACAUAUCACUAUUCCCAAUGUUACUGAAAGUGCUGAGUCCGAAAAGCGAUAAUUUGGGAAAAAUCCUUGCUGUUCUGGACAAGCCGAGUUUACUAUGGUCACCUUACGGCCUGAGGUCCUUAUCAAAAUCAGCUCCAUUGUACAUGAAACGUAACACGGAACACGACCCUCCAUACUGGAGAGGUCAAGUCUGGAUAAAUAUUAAUUAUUUGGCCUUAUCCGCACUGAAACACUAUGCAAGUGUGGAAGGACCUCACGCCAGUAGAGCGGAAGAGCUUCAUACGAAACUGAAAACUAAUGUCACGGGAUACUUCUGGGAGCAGUAUUCGGACCAAGAUGGCCGCGGUUCCGGAUGUAAACCGUUCACCGGAUGGACCGCACUCUUUGUUUUAAUGAUGGCUGACGAAUAUUAG